AUGACUCCCUUUCAGGCCCUCUAUGGGUACAAACCUUCACAGCUCACUCUAUCACCUACGCAAACACUAGCUGCUGCAGUGAAGGAUUGGACCAGAGAAAGGGUAGAUUGGAAUACCUUACUUAAGGAAAACUUGUUGCAGGCACAGAAUAGAAUGAAGCAACUAGCGGACAAGAGAAGGACGGAUAGGAAUUUUGAGGAGGGAGAUUGGGUGUACCUCAAGCUACAGCCAUAUAGACAAACUUCCGUGGCUUUUAGGAGAAGCCUGAAGUUGUCUGCAAGGUAUUAUGGACCCUACCAGGUUGAGCAGAAAGUGGGAUCAGUGGCGUAUAGACUGAAGUUGCCAGAUGUUCAGUGCACCCCGUGUUCCACAUUUCUCUCCUUAAGAAGUCUGCCAAUGGGAGCCAAAUCCAUCCUACACCCCCCCAAGCAACUGUGGAGGGAGAGUUCAAGUAGCUCCCAAGGCCAUUCUAGACAGAAGAGUCAUUUACAGGAAGGGUCAAGAAGUUGA